GAUUUAUUAUAUAAAUAACCCAUUCCAAAUGCCAUCCGUCGGGUACCCUGUUUACACUCUGGGAAACCGUUAAUUAUCUUUUGUAAUAGGAUGUUACACAUUUCAUUAAAUUUGAAUAACAUCUUGCUAAAGGAUUAUUAUUAUUUUAAAAUGUUUUGUUAAUGUGAGAAAAUAUGUAACAGUAAAACAUUAUUAUAUAAACUACCCAUUCCAAAUGCCACUGCUUACAGUUAACUGUGAAACCAUUAAUUAUCUUUGGUAACCUCAUUUCAAUUAGCACAUUACUAAAAGAUCAUUAUCUAAGAAUAGUUUUCACUGUGUAAUUUUAAUCAUGUUGUUAACGUGUGAAAAUGAUCGGAAAAUUAAAUAUCUUAUGAAACGUUCCGGAAACAAUAACAUAUCCAUUCCAACAUAUAUAUUUAGUGAACCGUAAGGAGUUAUGUAAUUACCACAGUUAAUUUUUUCAGUUUUCUCUCUUACGACGUUAAUUAUGUGUGUUAAAAUAUGAUGAAAAUUGAUUUGUUUAUAAAAUAUACUUAUAUUGUUUGCUAUAUAUUAUAUUUUUUAUGAAGAUUCCGAUGUUUUUAUUCUGUUGUUUACAACCCAUCACGUUCUCAUUGGUACAUUAGAAAACAAACAUGGCAUUUUGGAUCGUACAUUUUCUUGUGUUAUUGUUAGUUUUAAACGCAGAAGGACAGAUAGAUUGUAAAUAUGAAACGGCAAUUGCCAACUGCUUCUGUAGUACAGAAAUAAACAUUCUUCAAAACGUCAGAAUUAUUGAAAUUCAGUCGGAAAGUUGUAAUUGUACCAUCAAUUUUCUUGAGGCACAAGAGCAACCGCCAACAGUGGUACACAUGUUCAACAAAUUAUGCAAUUGGCAUUGCAAUGAGAUAGAAUGUGUACCAGACAAUAUUUUACCAGAGGAAGGAAAAACAACUAGGAAACAGGAAAUAACUACAGUUCAUGUACCAGACAAUGUUUUACAGAAUUCUCAAUUGGAAAUGACUAACAAACAGAAAAAGUCUACAACACUGACUACAAAUCAAAUACAGGACAAAACAAUGAUGAAAUAUGGUGACAAGAUGUCAAGCACCAUGGAAACUGCUAUGAUAGCAUUCUGGGCAGGGUGUGGAAUUUUUGGGAUGUUUACAUUCUUGUCUGUCCUGAAAUGGAUACUACAACUGAAACGAAACACUACAUAUUUGCCAUUACACCAACCGCUAGACACCACCACCAUAACAGCUGACAGACACCAGAUAUCUCAAACACAGACCUCUUUUUUGAGUAUGAUUUCCUCUACUGUCCCGCCAUCACUCACUCCACCUCCGACAUCAACACCCAACUAUUCCAUAGACAGACUUCCUGUUUUUUCAUUUGAGUCUACACCAAUUGAACCAUACCCUUACCAACAUCAGAUUCACCUACUACUUUUUUUGAAAACAGAGACUCAUCACCCGAACCGUCUGCUCCACCCAUGGAAAUGGUAGAACU